AAUUUCCAACCGCCUCUCUUUGGGGAGUUUCUUCUGAUUUCUCACAUUUCUGUCUUCUUAAAUACAAAAGUCAAAAUCGGAUCAUCACCAUCGUAUCCCCUCACAACCGUUACAUACAUUAUUAGGGUUUUAUUUCUGCCUUCGCCUAUUCUGUACAAUUAAUUACUCUGGAAAUGUCUUCUCCAAUUAGGGCACAGAGGAAGCAGCCGCCGGAGCCGCCGUGUCAGAUUUCGCUACUCCCUGAUGAAAUCGUCGUCGAUAUCGUCGCCCGUGUCCCGCGAUGCUAUUAUCCUACUCUCUCCCAAGUUUCAAGGCGUUUCCGAUCGCUCGUCGCGUCGCCUGAGCUCUACGCGAGACGUUCCUUCUUCGGAUGCACAGAACAAUGUCUCUAUGUCGCAAUCUCCAAAGAUCAAACCUCUGAUAUCCAUUGGUUUACUCUUUGCCGUAAACCUAACGGACAACAACUCUCCGGCACCACCUCUGAUCACCGCUUGGUCCAUAUCUCCUCUCUCCCUCCCAUGUCCUUACAUGGAAGCUAUGUAGGCCUUGGUUCUAAGAUCUUUGUGAUGGGUGGAUUUUGCAAUUGGAAGAUCACUUCGAGCGUUUCGCUUAUCGAUUGUACAACUCACACUGCUCAGUCUCUCCCUGACAUGCCCAAAGCCGUUGCCAUUUCCGUCACAGAGCUCAUUGAUCGGAAUGUUUAUAUAAUCGGAGGAUCAGAUACGCUUUCUCCGAUGAAAUCUCCGUCGAGAAGCAUAAUGGUGUUCGAUACAGAUACGGGAAGGUGGGAUCUUAAGGCGAGACCAGAUUGGGAGCAAGGGAAAAGAUGGUUUAGCAGUGUGGCAAUGGGAGGUAAGAUUUACAUGAGGACUUAUUACAAUACCUUGUUUGAUCCCAGUAAAGGUAAUUGCGAUAAAGACGAGGUUCUGCAUUCUAAGGAGUGGUCCAGUUCAUGUGUGAUAGAGGAUGUCUUGUAUUACUAUGACGUUCGUGGGAACUGUUUGAGAGCUUAUGAUCCAAAGCAGAGAUCUUGGGCAGUGGUCAAAGGUUUGGAAGGAUUAUUGCCUCAGGCUUGUAAGUGGUCGAAAAUUGCGAGUUACAGCAGUGGGAAAUUGCUUCUCUUCUUGCAGAAAACAGAGAAAACAGAGAUUUGGUGUGCGGAGAUUGCAGUGGAAAGACGCUCUGAUGGAGAGAGUUGGGGUAAAGUUGAGUGGUGUAAUGUUGUGCUUAGUGGGAAUUUUCACAUUAUGGAUUGUGUAGCUGUUGUGCUCUGAUCUGAUGAUUCCUUGAAAUGAACUUUUGUGCUGCCCUGCUACUUUCUUGUCUGUUUAUUAGCUUAUGAAUGUGCCUCACAACCUCCUUUUGGAUUCUUCUGUUUAGCGUAAGUUGGUAUGGUAUAAAAUGCUGUGUUUUAUGGGGGCGCU